ACAGAAUAGGUCAGUUUCUUAACAGAAAAGGGCAAUGUAGUGGUGUAAUGAGUGGGAAAACACCAGGGAGUGCAGAUGUGAGGAACUCUGCAGGGUACUGGGGGUGAGGGAGCGGGAGUGGGUGGGGCGGAGAGCUGAGCUAACCCCAGCCUGCCUGGGCCAAUGGGGCAUGGUAAUUAGAUCUGGCCAAUGUGGGCCUUGGGCUCUGGACUGGGGGCAUAUAAGCGGGGCCCCAUGGCAGCAGCCCCCUCAUAUCACUCAGAGGUCUCCUCUCUCACCCCACUGCUCUCCCAAAGCAGAGAGUUAUUUUCUUCCUUUCUUCAACCACAACAACAGCCCAUCCAUGGAUGUCUUCUCCCCAUCGCAGGUCUUCUAUGACAGCACCUGUGCUUCCUCGCCAGAGGACCUGGACUUCGGCCCCGGGGAACUGGACGGCUCAGAGGAGGAUGAGCACGUCCGGGUUCCUGGGGCUCCUCACCAGGCGGGUCACUGCCUUCAGUGGGCCUGCAAGGCCUGCAAGCGUAAGUCCAGCACGGUGGACCGGCGGCGGGCUGCCACCAUGAGGGAACGACGCCGGCUGAAAAAGGUGAACCACGGCUUCGAGGCUCUGAGGCGCUGCACCUCAGCCAACCCCAGCCAGAGGCUGCCUAAGGUGGAGAUCCUGCGCAACGCCAUCCAGUACAUCGAGAGCCUCCAGGAGCUGCUCCAUGAGCAUGUGGAGAACUACUAUGGCCUUCCUGGGGAGAGCAGCUCAGAGCCUGGGAGCCCCUCGUCCAGCUGCUCCGACAGCAUGGUUGACUGCAACAGUCCUGUUGUGUGGCCUCAGAUAAACACAAGCUAUGGCAACAACUACAGUUACACUAAGAAUGUGAGCUCUGGAGAGAGCGGUGCUGGUGCCUCCAGCCUGGCCUGCCUGUCUAGCAUAGUAGAUCGCCUCUCCUCGGUGGAUGCCAGUGCCCCUGCAGGGCUCAGAGAUAUGCUUACCUUCUCGCCCUCUAGCACCGACUCCCAGCCUUGCACUCCAGAAAGCCCCGGGACCAGACCUGUGUACCACGUGUUGUGAAGAAAACCUGCAUUAGAAUAUAAAUAAUCGGAUGGCCCUGAUCUUCAACCACAUACCACUUUUACUUCCUAUUUCGGUGAUGGCUAAGAUCGAUCAACACCUGCCAACUUUUGUAUUGUAAAUAAGAUUGUAAAUAUGUACUGUAAAUGUUCAUUUAUUUUAAACAAUAUUAUACCAAAUGUAACAUAUUUAAUUGAUCCAUUUCAUGUGUCCGUCCUAAUAUAGGCCUAUGCAUCAUUCAAACAAGUUGUAUUUAAGCUAUUGUAUUUGUUAGCUUCAUGUUUCUCAUGAUUAAUAAACGUUUCAAUAAUU